CCGGCCGUCCGACUGGCGUUUAUGCGCAAGGUGUUUGCCAUCUUGACGGUCCAGCUUGCCGUCACUGCCGCGUCUGCAAGCUUCAUCAUGCUCCACCCGGACGCCCGCCACUUUGUGCUCACGAACCACGCGGUGACGCUUGCCGCGAUCUUUGCUCCGCUCGGCUUCAUCGUUGCCCUCUCUUGCUACCAGCACCGCCACCCGCACAACCUCCUCCUCCUCGGCGGCUUUACGCUCUGCAUGUCGUACUCGGUGGGAGUCGUCUGCGCCGCCACC